AUGAAGGCCUAUUGGUAUGACAACGCUCCGGGUGACCAGCGCGAGCCCCAUGACUCUGGCCGCGCCGUAUCAGAGGAUAAGCUUGCCUCGCUAGGCGUGACCUAUGUUCACUGCCCAACAAUUGAGUCCGUUGAUACCAUCGCGGCAGACCGCGGAUACCGGAAUCGCGACCAAGUGUGUGUCUCGCCGGCCACUAUGGGAGAUAUCUACGAGGAGAAGGUCAAGUCUUUCUUCACAGAGCACCUGCACGAGGACGAGGAGAUUCGGUACAUUCUCGAUGGCGAGGGGUACUUUGAUGUCCGGGGACAGGACGACGAGUGGAUUCGUAUCUCUCUCGUCAAGGAAGAUAUGAUCAUCCUGCCCGCUGGAAUUUACCAUCGGUUCACCACAAACGAGCAGAACUACGUCAAGGCCAUGCGUCUGUUCCAGGAUGAGCCCAAGUGGACACCAUUGAACCGCGGUGCGGAUGUUGACAUUAACCCCCACCGAAAGACUUAUCUUGAUACCGUUGCUCGGCCUUCUGCGGCUGUUUGA